AUGAGAACCGCACCGGAGAAGAUUGCACAAAUGAGCGUACCAUUUCCGUCAGUGUUGCGACGCGCUACUCUUCGGAGUGAUGCCGAAUCACUUAAAAUUUCCGAGUUCUUGGCUGAAGCAACGCUUUCCCCUACGUCUUAUCAAGAAGGACGUUCAACCUUCGGAUCAACCGAUGGCUCAUUUGAGCUUGUACCCUCUGUGACUCCGCUUGAAGAAAGCGAAAAAGAGCCCAUUCUUCCAUGUUUCAUGCUUAGCUCACAACAUCGUGUCAAGCAUUUUCUAGGUCGUGAGGAUAUGAUGGCAACUCUUGACAGAUAUUUGUUAGCAGAGCAAAAAGAGGCGCUAGACGAUGAUCAGCAAGAUAGCCUCCGCUCAUUUGCUCUCUGCGGUCUUGGUGGCAUAGGGAAAACAUCGUUGGCUAUUGAAUACGCAUUUUCUCGUCGUCUUGCCUUUGAUGCCAUCUUUUGGCUUAAUGCAGAUAACGCCAACAUCCUCGGAGGUAAUUUUGCACAAAUUUCGACAAAGCUGGGGCUUGAAGAUACGUCAUCUGAUUUGGCUGCUAGUCAUAGCAUUGUUAUGAACUGGCUCUCGAAACCACUGAAGAGGCGUUCAGAACCAGAGACACGGGAAAACUUGGCGCAAUGGCUGAUUAUCUUUGAAAACGUUGACAACUUGGACGUGCUGUCGGAGUUUUGGCCUGGCCUCGGGCGAGGCUCGGUGCUCGUUACAAGUCGAGAUCCGCAAGCAAAGUUGAACAUGCAUAUUCAAUAUGGAAUACAAUUACCUAGCCUUUCUAUGGGAGACACUCAACUACUUUUGCAACAGUUAACACACUCCCCGGCUAUACCGGCCCAGGAACAGGCCAUCAAAGCCCUUGCCGACAAACUUGGCGGCUUGCCAUUAGCUAUUAAUCAGAUAGCUGGGAUAUUUCGACAGCUGAGAUGCUCAUACACGGAUUUUCUUAAACUCCUUGAUGAUAAAGGUAUAGCUACCACCUUUCAGACAGCAAUCGAUCUAUAUCAGGGACAAGAAAGCCAAUCUUUAGCUACAAUCUGGGCGCUUGAUCGGCUGGCGGGUCCUACUCGAGCACUGCUUCAAGUGAUCUGUCUUCUUGACCCGGAUGCGAUUCCAGAAGAGUUGCUAACCAGUCAUUCUGCUGAAAAUUAUCUUCCGGACUACCCAAAGACUCGACUGGAGUAUCUGCGAGCAAGAGGAGAGCUGUUGUCUUCGUCAUUGAUUAGCUUACACGAAGAGAGCGGAGAAAUUGCUAUACACCGUCUGAUUCAAGAUACAGUGUUGCAUGACAUGAAUCGCGAAGGGCUGGAGGCAGCCUAUCAAGCCGCUAUCACUCUGGCCAUUGCCAUUUGGCCAUUCCAGUCAAUGAAAGAGCAUCACUCAGUCGCAAGAUUCAGCAAGUGUGAAAUUUUCUUCCCGAGCGUCCUGCGUUUGAAGGAUGGUUUGGAGCCCAUGAUACGAGGGGGAAGCUUCGCAUCGAAAAAUUUGGAAGCAGCCCGUCUGUUCAAUGACGUUGGUUGGUAUAUGUUUGAACGAGGCCUACCAGACAAGACUGAGCAGUUUUGUAAUGUUGCACUGAUGAUUGGAGAGCAAAUGAAGGACAAUCAUACUAGCGAGGCUCACGAAGUCAUUCGCGAAGGUCAUUCUUUUAUAGGAAUUGCUCUUGUUGAAACGAACAACCAUGGCGAUAGUAAAAAGCACAAACAGAAAUGGCUUGAUAUGCUGCUUGAGAGAAGAUCAGAGUCGGGACUCCCGAUUAGGGACUACGAACUUGGCUAUGCUUACAACGAAAUCGGCGUGGCAUACGGCAAUAGCGAUAUGCUUGAAGAGGCGUGCGAGGCGUUCCGCGAGUCCAUUACAAUCUUUCAAGGCUUGGAGGACUAUACAGAUACUAUGCUUGGAUGGCCCGAGCCCAAUCUAGGUUUCAUGUUCUGGCUGUUAAAAGACUAUGACAGUGCUGAGAAAGCAUUGAUUGAGAUUCUAGAUAUCCAUGCAGCUGCGUGGGGCGUUGAUGAUACGAAGUCAUUCAAAACAGGAAAGAUCCUUUACGGAUUAGGCAACGUGCUGGAAUCACAAGGCCGAUAUCAAGAAAGUUUAGGGUUUCAUCAACGAUGCUACGAGCAGUACAGAAAAGUCCUUGGACACAAUCAUCAUAGAUUUGGCGACAUCUGCCACAAGAUGGCUGAACACUACAUUAGAUCGCGUCACUUUUUAGAGGCUGAAGAACACCUUAACAUGGCUUUGAAAGCUUUCAACCUGCGUCCAUAUCUGUCAAAUGAGGCAGCUAGAACAACAUACUUGAAAGGGAGACUAUACCAAGAAUUGGGACGGCUGGAAGAGGCUGAUGAGGAAAUGAGAAAAGCUUACGAUAUAAAGAGCCAAAUAGAGCCAACAGAUAGUCGCCCAUUGGAAGAGUUGGAUGAGGCAGAUUUUGAUCGACUGGUAGCAUUUUGGUCUAGAUAACUAAGAUUUUAACGUUCUUUGUCAACAUA